AUGAGCAGUUUAACAGGUGUGACAUUAGCAAUUUUUUCAUGGCCUUUAACUAUGUUACCAGACUGUAAAGCCUCUAAAGUAGACAAAAAAACUAGUUUCCUGAUAACAUUAGUCAAAUUGAAGACGGGUUUAUCAUUUACUGCAUUGGCAGUAAUUUUCAAUAUUCAUAGAACAACUGCACAUAGGAUAUUUGUGAAACACAUACAGCAGUUAAAUAUUUUGCUACAGAAUUUCAUCGUUUGGCCAUCAAAAUCAACAAUACGUGCAUCUCUACCUGAAUCUUUUAAGCGGCAUUACCCAGAUACGCGUGUGAUAAUUGAUUGUACUGAAGUUUACACUGAAGUACCACCAGAAGUUAAUCAAAAAGUAUUAAUGUAUUCUGAAUAUAAACAUCAUCAUACUGUCAAGUUUAUGGUGGGUUAUGCACCAGAUGGAUUUAUAACUUAUGUUUCCAAAUGUUAUGGUGGCCGUGCUGGUGAUUGCUUCAUUACAAGCGAUUGUGGUUUGGUUGAUUUAAUUGAACCCGGUGACGUUGUUCUUGCUGACAAAGGAUUUCCCCAAAUUAAAACUCAAGUCGAAAACAAAAAUGCUAUUUUUAUUAUGCCUCAUUUUGGCCACAAAGAUCAAUUCACCCCUGAAGAAGUUGACGAAACAUACAACAUUGCUUCUGUGAGGAUACAUAUAGAACGAGUAAAUCAACGAAUUAAGGACUUUAGAAUUCUGUCAAAAGUACCUAAUUCAUUAUUUCUUCAUAUUGAUGAAAUUGUUUUUAUUAUUUGUGCUUUGGUAAAUGUAUAG